CCUUCCAGCAGAGUGCAGUAGAGCUCACAGAUCAAACAUCACUCUUAGUAGAAGAAGACCUUUGUUAGUAGACGGUGGACGCUAGGGCUAAAACACACUGACAAUUGACAGAUAAACAAAAAUCACAAAACUUAAAACCGAAGAACCGGAAGCGUUUACACGUCCCUUCUAAAAUGGUUAAUGUCUUGAAAGGAGUUCUCAUUGAAUGUGACCCAGCUAUGAAGCAAUUUCUUCUAUAUCUGGAUGAAACGUCGGCACUGGGGAAGAAAUUUAUCAUCCAGGAUUUGGACGACACGCAUGUUUUCAUCCUAGCCGGAGUUGUGCAGAUUCUCCAGGAGCGAGUAGGAGAACUGAUGGACCAGAAUUCAUUCCCCAUCACCCAGAAAUAAAUGUCUGAAUCUGACAGCAGACCUUACAAUCUGUGGGAGCAGAUGGAUGUAGAGAUUCUUUCUGCGCAAUUGCACAAACACAGAUGUAACUGAAAUAUAUAGAUGACUGGCUACCAAGAUGAUGCCUGUUAUCCCUGUUUUAGUUUGACUGUGAUGCAUACAUUAUAUGCUUUACGUCGCAUAUGUUUCAAAGACAGCUUCUUGAAUCUUUGCUCUGUUUUGCCAGCAUGGUCAAUGAAUUGUGUUUUGCGCACAAGAUGGAAUUAGCUGCAGAAAGGAGCGUUUAAUGUGUUUUUCAGCAUUUCACAGUUUGUACACAAACUGAAAGCAGAUGGUUGAUAACCGUGUGAUUUCUAUACAUGCAUCAAAUAAAAAACUUUAAAAUGUGA